AUGUCGUCGCAACCGGAUAUUAAUGCUCUGCUGCACAACAUGCGUGUGCAGAUUCAGGCGUUGACAGAUCAACUCGCCGAGCUGCAGGCAAAUCCCCCUGCGGCAACUCCCUCGGUCGAGAAGAAAUUCGAUAAGAAAGUCGAAGUUGUCACUGACCCUGGCACCUUUGAGGGAGACAGAGCGCGAUUUGCCGAAUGGUGGAUCAAACUCCAAAUAUGGGGGCCUGUGGCGGGUCAAUACGCCCAAGUUAGAUUGCAGGAAUGCUACACCGCGGGAGUGUGGCCAACCUGGGAUGAUCUCAAGAAAGAGAUUGAAAAAUAUUUUAAACCACAGGCUGAGCGUGACUGGGCGCGUCAGCAAAUCCGCUCCUUCAAACAAGGAAACAUGAGGACGGAUGACUAUGUUACCCGGUUCCUGGCCCUCUCCAUCCAAGGAGGGCUUGGUAAUGAACAUGCAGUAGAACUGCUGGAGCACAAUUUGAACCCUCACAUUGCAGAACAAAUAUACUUGCAGGAUACAAGAAACGAAAACCUGGCCCUGGCGGCUGAGGAAGUACAACAACCGUUCGGGCUGCAACCAGGGCAGGGAGCCCCCAUGGAUAUCGGCGCGGUCCAAGGAGGACAGAUGCGCAGAUUCAAGGGGAACUGCUAUAAUUGCGGCCAAGAGGGAUACAUGUCCCGAGACUGCAGAAAAGGAGCGCAGGCCGCUCAACAAAAAAAUAACCAAGGGCGCCAGGCGCGCCAAUUAGAAUCCGAAAAACCGGACGAUUGGCUCCAGACUCUGGCCGGUCGUUCGUACAACGAAAUCUGGGCCUUCUUCUACGAUCAGCAGGCUGCUGAAAUGAAGGCUCAGAGAAAAGAGUUCGGAGCUUAG